UGCAGCGCCCGCCGGGGCCUGGAGGGGGCGGCCGCGGCCGCUGAGUCCCGGAUCCCGGCGCUGUCCGCGCCGCCGCCGAUCCCCGGCCGGGCCCUGGCUCCGCCACCGCGGCGCCAUGAAGGCGAUAAUCCAGCGGGUCACCCAGGCCAGCGUGACAGUGAGUGGGGAACAAAUAAGUUCCAUUGGACGCGGUAUCUGUGUGUUGCUGGGUAUUUCUUUGGAAGAUACGCACAAAGAGCUGGAACACAUGGUUCGCAAGAUUUUAAACUUGCGUGUGUUUGAAGACGAAAGCGGGAAACACUGGUCUAAAAGUGUGAUGGAUAAACAGUAUGAGGUGCUUUGUGUCAGCCAGUUUACUCUGCAGUGCAUCCUGAAAGGAAACAAACCAGACUAUCACAUGGCUAUGCCUGCAGAGCAAGCAGAGUCUUUCUACAACAACUUCCUAGAACAACUUAAAAAAGCCUACAAACCAGAGCUUAUUAAAGAUGGCAAGUUUGGAGCCUACAUGCAGGUAAACAUCCACAAUGAUGGUCCUGUGACUAUAGAACUAGAAUCCCCUGCUGCCACGACAGACCCGAAGCAGCUGACAAAGCUUGAAAAACAGCAGCAAAGGAAAGAGAAGACCAGAACUAAGGCACCCUCUGAAUCAAGCAGAGAAAGAAAUGCCCCUCGUAAUAAGGACGACCCCAGUGCAAGCAGUGGAGCAGAGGGAGAUGUGUCUUCUGAAAGGGAACCUUGAUCCUCAAAAGCAGGCCUCAGUUUGUCAUACGAAGGCUAUGUUGGAUCCUUAAGAAUUCAUAGUUUACGUUAUCCUCAGAGUCGAUCUUAAAAGACUUUGGAAAAGAAAGAAAAGCAGGAAAACAGAACUAAGAAAUUGUGACUCUACAUCAUUCUGUACUAAAAACAACCAAAGGAAUGUUACCAGUUUUAGGUAAAAUGUAUUCGUAGUAGUGAAAAUGAUUCACAGCUUUUUUCUGUAUAUCUGUUUUUGUUUUCACAUGGUUAGUGAAUGAAGGGUGAUUGUUUUCAUGCUGAUUGUAACAGAACAUAUGAUAACAGAGCACAUGGUCAAUUUCCAAAAAUAAAUCAGGUUUUUCCUCAAAUUCUGACUUUAAUUCUGAAGAUAUCUCAAAGCAAGCUUGAAUUUUCAUUUUCGUUGUGUGGUGUCAUGUGCUGCCUGUUUCCAUAGCAAUGUAUAUAUCUGUGUACAUUACCAUAUAUUGUACAAUCUCUAAAAGAAAAGGAGUACUUGUGGCACCUUAGAGACUAACAAAUUUAUUAGAGCAUAAGCUUUCGUGAGCUACAGCUCACUUCAUCGGAUGCCUCCGAUGAAGUGAGCUGUAGCUCACGAAAGCUUAUGCUCUAAUAAAUUUGUUAGUCUCUAAGGUGCCACAAGUACUCCUUUUCUUUUUGAGAAUACAGACUAACACGGCUGCUACUCUGAAACCUGUACAAUCUCUGUCUAACACCAGGUUUGGAAGUACAGUCUUUUUUCAUGUGUCACUGAUCAUUUAUCAUGUGAAAUACGUGUGUCUUAUAAAACUUUUUUUUAAAAAAGAAAACUCUUUAUUAAACAAAUUACUCUACCUUA